AGCUGCUCAGGUUUCCGCUAUGUUUCGUCUGUUGAAACCCUUCCAACAUGUUUCCAGAGGCACUAGCCCACUGAUAUCAAGUAGAUGGUUUUCUCAGAGGUCGUACGCUUUGCAGCUGAGCUCACAAUCACUAUCAAGAAAGAUCCCAACCAAGGUACCAAAGACCUCUCGUCAAACAAACCCACAGAUACUACGCCGUACCAAGAGAUCCAGAUGGGUCAAGAAAGAUAUGCUGCUUGAAUCCUUACAGAAGGAGAGCAAAAUUCAACCCGUGACAACAGUGACUUCGUGUGAGAAGUACGAUUUCCAAGGGAUCUUGGACAAUCCACCUUUGGAAGGUAUACACCAACUUGUUCCGGACGAGAUCCUUUAUUUCAAAUACCAGGAUGAGUAUGAUAUCUUGAUCCUGGAAAAUGGUACUAUCGUUGCCUGGGGAUUACACGAAGAAUCCACAGAAGCUGACAUAUUGCCUCUUUUCAAAGAGUUCAUGGUUUUCAAGUACGACUUCCCAGAAUCUGAGGAUAUGGAUUUCCUAGAGACGAGUUCUCCAGAGCAUCCGACCCAGGUGAUAGCAGAGACGUUCAUUAUCAAUACGGCCAAUAAAGACCAGAGUAUUUUGGAAAAGGCUGCAUUCUCAUCGGCGCUAUCAAGGUCGACGAGAUUGGCUAUCCUGGAGAAUGCGCUCGAGAGGCAUAUAUUGCAGACAAGAAAAGUGACAGAAGGGUUAAGCAAUGGAAAGAGGCUAACUGUAACAGAAAAGGAGCUGUUAAGGUCAACAGGAAGGCUUUUCUUGCUGAGAGGUAAGCUCAAUCUGUACUCUGAACUGAUUGAAAUUCCAGAUCUGUACUGGAGUGAACCAAACUUGGAGGCCAUUUACAAGGCUGUAUCUGCAGUAUUGGACAUUUCUCCAAGAAUAUCCAUUCUGAACAAGAAGUUGGACUACGCUACCGAUGAAUCAAGAGCGUUACUGCAAACUUUGAACGAGGAGAAGGGAACAAGGCUGGAAUGGAUUAUUAUUUAUCUCAUUAUGAUCGAAGUGUGCUUUGAGACAUUCCACUUUUACGAGAGAUAUGUCGACUACAGGGAUAGAGACAAAGAGUGAUUUAUACAAGAUACAA